AUGGCCACGACCGCAGCCAGCCUUCGCAAGCUGGCGGAAAAUCCCCCAAGCAAUGCCGCCGAGCGUCGAGCGCUAUAUGACGCAGCCAAAGCGGUGAUGUUUGCUGUGGAGGCUCCAAUUGAUACUGAGCAUCGAUUGUUCUUCGUGGCAAGUAGCUCAGGAUCGAGGGUUGAACCAUACUAUUACAGAUUGCUGAGAUAUGUCGCUGCCAUUGGCCUUGUCAAAGAAGUAUCGGAAGGGACAUUUGCAGCCUCGAAUUUAACUGCAACAGCAGCCACCAAAUCUUUUAAGUUGGGCUUGGACUUCCAUGAGGGAAGCAAGAACCUUCUAACCCUACCCAAAUACCUCUCAGAGACCGGCUACCGCAAUCCUACCGAUCCCAACACAUCACUCUUUGCCAAAAUACAUGGCGCGGGCAUCAUGGAUCUCCUUCAGCAGAAUCCGGAAAGGGCCGCAACCGUCUUCGAGUACAUGGCGGAGCACAGGAAGCACCUUCCUACGUGGAUGAACGAUGCCGUGUCCACGAAAGACUUUGAAAUGUCAGACAUUGACCACAAUUCCAACCGGAUUAUGAUGGUAGACGUGGGAGGGGGCAGUGGCCAUCAGUGUUUCGCUCUGCGAGCUGCGUUCCCGCAGUUGAGAGGAAAGAUGGUAGUGCAGGACAUUACUGUCAUGGUUGACAUGAUCGACAAAGAGGAAGCCUCAGCCAUCGACCUCGAGCCCAUGGCCCACGAUUUCUUCACGCCUCAACCUGUCAAGCAUGCUAAAGUAUACUACAUGCGCAAUGUGUUACACGACUGGUCGAACGAGCCCGCGGCUAAGAUCCUCCAGCAGCUUCGUCCUGCAAUGACGGCUGACUCGGUGGUUGUGAUCGACGAAAUAGUGAUACCGCCGACAGGUGCCAACCACAAGCUACUCCACUAUGAUUUUGCAAUGAUGUCCACAGCGUCGUCCAUGGAACGGACGGAGAAGCAAUGGCGUGCUCUAGUUGAGAGCUGUGGGAUGAAGCUGCGAGAUAUUUGGGUCUAUGAUGAGGACAUGCAGUGGGCGUUGAUUGUGGCUGUUCCAAACUGA